CCGCCGUUCCCGAUCUCUGCGCUCCGACUGUGGACAUGGAGGCGUUGGGGCCCGGCGAAGAGGGCGAGGAGCCUCCGAAAGGCGUCCGCAUUCUUGGGUCAGAGCUGGUGGAGACCUACACAGUUUAUAUCAUUCAAGUGACUGUUGGAACCCAUGAGUGGAUAGUAAAACAUCGAUAUAGUGACUUCUACGAUCUGCAUGAAAAGCUUGUUUUAGAGAAGAAGAUAGACAAGAAUAUAUUGCCUCCCAAAAAGAUUAUUGGCAAAAAUUCCAAAAGCUUGGUGGAAAAAAGACAGAAAGAGUUGGAAGUAUAUCUACAAACUCUUCUUGCUACAUUUCCAUUGGCAGCACCCAAAGAAAUCAUUGGAAUCACAGCUGCAUUGGCUGAAGAACUUUUUCAUAAAGGAGAACAAUUACUUAUGGCUGGUGAGGUCUUUAAUAUUAAACCUUUGCAGCUUUAUGCUGUUACCCAACAGCUGCGUCAGGGAAAGCCAACAUGUGCAAAUGGUGAUGCCAGAACUGAUCUUGGUCACAUUCUGGAUUUCACCUGCAGACUCAAAUAUUUAAAGAUAACUGGCACACGCGGACCUGUUGGAAGCAGUAAUAUUCAGGAACAUCUUUUGCCUUUUGACCUAUCAAUAUUUAAAUCUCUUCAUCAGAUUCAGAUAAAUCACUGUGGUGCAAAACUUAUUAAUGGGCUGACAUCUUCAAAGCACACUCUAGCAACACUAAGUGUACAGUUCUCAGCAACAUCCAUGAUGGAGGUCCUAGUACCUGAGGCCUAUGAGUUUGACCACUGGGAGCCAGAAGGCACAUCUUCAAAUCCUGUGACAGCAGUUAUUCCAACUUGGAGAACAUUAACAACUUUAGAUAUGAGUCAUAAUAGCAUAGCUCAAAUUGACAAUUCUGUGAAAUUAAUGCCGAAGAUUGAAUUUCUGGAUCUAAGCCACAAUGAUGUAUCACUAGUGGAGAAUUUACAGCAUCUCUACAAUCUUAUUCACCUGGACCUCUCCUACAAUAAACUUUCAACAUUAGAAGGCAUUCAUACCAAAAUUGGAAAUAUCAAAACGCUGAAUUUAGCGGGGAAUCACUUGGAAAGACUUUCUGGACUCAACAAACUCUAUUCUUUAGUUAACUUGGAUCUUAGUAACAACAAAGUAGACCAGAUUGAUGAAAUAAGGAAUAUAGGAGGCCUUCCAUGCUUGGAAAAGCUUGUGUUAUCCAACAAUCCUUUGAGUAUUAUUCCUGAUUACAGGACCAAAGUUCUAGCUCAGUUUGGUGAUAGAGCCUCAGAGGUCUGUUUGGAUAAUACCAUAACCACUGAAAAAGAACUUGACACUGUGGAAGUGUUGAAGGCUAUACAGAAAGCAAAAGAUGUAAAAUAUAAAAUGAGUAAUUCUGAUAAGAAGAUCCCGGAAGAUUCCAAGCUUUCUGCUGCCAGUUCAAAAUCAAACUGCUCCUCUCUUUCUGUUCAUCCUUCCUCUCCUCCUUUGCCAUGUCCUGCCAGCUCCAGUCAAGAAAACGACAGACACGGGUUCGGUUAUCCA